AUGCCCACGCCCGUCCAUGCCGAAGUGGAGCCACCGGCAUCCUCCAGCAAUGCAGCAGCGGACCUUCUGGAAGCAUCCGCCACCGCAGAGGCGGACCCCGCCGCCGAACCAUCGGGCAGCGUAGCGGCGGACCUAUCGGCCGAGCCAUCCGGAAGCGCAGUGGCUGAGCCAAAGCCAGUCGACGGCAGCAGCGGCGAGGUGGCUGAAGGUGGACCCUCCCCAGCCGCGAUCGCAGCGUUGCUCAAAUCGGUGUACGAGCUGGCCUCUGAGGCUGCGGUGGCCCGCGCCAGCACGGACGGGGCGGCACCAGCAGAAGAGGCGCCAGUGGCACCUGCCAGCACAGCAGAAGCUCUACCAGCGGAGGAGGCAAUGGUGGCGCAGGCCAGCACGGAAGAGGCGGCACCAGUGACAGAGGAGCCGGCAAGUCCAAGCGCGUUUACAGGGCAUCCGUCGUUUCAGUCGGUCACAAGCUACGAGGAGGGCAGCCCUGGAGCGAUUACUGGCCAGCCCUCUUUCCAGACCUACGCAAGCUUUGAGGAGCCGAGUCCAACAGAGUACACAGCGCAGCCGUCCUCACACACGGGCAGCUACGAGGAGACAACGCCUGCACCGGCUACAGCGGAAGCAUCGUUCGAUGCCUCUGCGAGCAUCGUGGAGGAAGAUCCGACGCCUUUGCCGUCCCCUGCAAGCUACGACUGGGUCACUGCUGAGGCGAGCCGCGACACGCGUACCACAGAGCCCAGUACUGAGGAGUCCGAGAUGGAACGGACUUUCUAUCGGAGCCCGGAGGACGAGCCCCCCGAACCGAAGAAGCCAAAAGAGAUCGGCUGGACACAUCUCUCGGUGGCAUCGGAAGAUGUCUUGGACAGCCUCGAAACGGCCGUGCAAUACACGUCCAUGGCCCGGACCUUGCGCGAGAAGGGCCUCCUUGGCCGAGGUAUCAGGAUGAUGGAGCGAGCCCUGGCCAUCGUCGAACGCCGAGAGAUGGCUCACCCGGCGCUGUGCCUGGAAGCUGCGAAAGUGCGCAUCAACUUUGCUGCAUACCUCAGCGAAGGCUGGAAGAGUCGCAGCAAG